CCUCCCUCUUCUGACACCUCCACCUCGACGAUUUCGUGCUGCUGCCUGCCACGGAUAUUUUAUUUUUUACUUUCAUUUUUAUCUUUUCUUUGGGUCACGGCGCAUCAAUUUUUAGCCUCUGGUCAGACGAGCCCUGCACAACGCUCCGUUCCGGUCCUGACCCGUGGUGCAAUCCCGGACCGCUUCACGUGUGGAGAAAGUAGCAGUGGUCCGUUCGCUGCUUAGGACCGGCGGCCUCUUCUUGUCCAUCAACAACACGAACCCUUCGCACAGCCAUGGUGUCCCCAGCGAUCUCUGCCUUUGUCGGCCGUUUCUACGAGCUGUCCGACGACGGCAGCAAGCACAGCGAGUACGCCGAUCAGUUCUCCUACCCGUCUGCCUCCUCGUCGAGCCCGGGCACGGCCUUCUUCUUCCAGAUCGGACCCAUGGCGCCGGCGAGCACGCGCGAGGGCGUGCUGGCAUGGCGGAACAAGGCCUGGGAGUCCGUCGCUCGCCGCAAGCACACGAUUCACGACGUGUAUGUGCUCCCCGCGGGCAAGGGCGACAUGGACGCAAAGGCAAAGGACGGCAGCGUGCCCGGAGAACUCAUGCUCUACGGCCGCGUCGACUAUGAGAAAAAGGACGGGUCGAAGGCGGCGGCCACAUGGGGCGGCAGGAUGGUGUUUGACACGGACCUGUACGCGAGCAGUGGCGAGCUCAAGAUGACCCACUACCGUGUAUGGAUUACUCCCGACGCCUGAGUUCACACAGACAGCCAUACAUACCCUAUUGCAGAAUGCUACUGCUAGGAUGCAGGGAGGGGGACGUAAUCAAAUGUGCAAGGGCAAAUGGGUCCAUUCUCUGGCA